AUGAUUAACAGAGAUGGCUUCCGUGCAAUCGUCCGAAUACCUGUCGCCAUAAUGCACAAGGUCCUACAAACGAUAAUGAGGAGUAAACUAAUUAUCAAGUCGUUGGGCAAAACUAUAUUUCAAAAACCUUUUAUGCUGACAGCUCAUAAAUAUACAAACAUGAAUAAGGGAUUACUUUUAUACUGUCUUGACUUGCAUUCAUUGAGAGACGAGUUAAUUAUUUUUACUUUCGACAAAUGUUGGAUUACAAAAGGUUGUAGUUGCUUAAAUCCCAGGAGAACUGUACUUAAAAUUACACCGAUUGCAACACCAACAAGUGGAAUUGGUGAGAGUAUUCCAGGACAAUCUUUUGUUUCUUGGGCUGACAAUCUUGACAAAAAGAACCCGAGUAUAAGACAUCAUUUUCAAGUUUACAAUGACAUUUUCCACAAAUACAAUCUCCGUGACCGCUACAAAUUUCAAUAUUUUUUCCAGUGUGAAAAUGAGAGUCAAGAUAAUAAUAAUAAUAAUAAUAAUAAUAAUAAUAAUAAUAAUAAUAAUAAUAAUAAUAAUAAAUAUAAUUAUAAUGAUAUGGAAAAAGUGACCACGGGUUGGUGUGAAUAA